AUGGGGAUCAUCCCUUUUGUGGAUCAUCUUCACCUUCUGUCCUUCCCCAGCAAGUUCGAGAGAGAGUUCAAAUCCGCGCUGCCGUUCCUCCUCCUCCUCCUCAUCUCUUCCUACGUCGUGCUCAACCGACCGAGCCCUUUGGGGCCGUACCAGUCGUCACUUCUUCGCCUAGGCCUCUUCUCUCCGGGCGAAGCCGGAAGGGUCGCACCGGCAACGGCCGGGGAGUGUGAUUACUGGAGAGGCAGGUGGGUCAGGGACGAAGGCAACGCUUUUGGGUACUACAACGAGAGUUGCCCGUUUCUCGACCCGGGGUUCCGGUGCCGCGAGAAUGGACGGGGAGACGACGAUUAUCUCAAGUGGCGCUGGCAACCUUAUCGCUGCCAUCUUCCCAGAUUUGAUGCAAGCAAGCUCUUAGAAAGUAGCCGGAAUGGAAGAAUAGUGUUCGCCGGCGACUCCUUGGGGAGAAACCAGUGGGAGUCCUUGGUGUGCAUGCUUUCGCAAGCAGUCUUCGAUCCGUCCACUAUCUACGAAGCCAACGGGAACCCCAUAACCAAACACAAGGGCUACCUCUCAAUCCGGUUCCGCGACUACAACCUCACCGUCGAGUAUUACCGGGUGCCGUUCCUGGUCACGACGGCCAGAGCCCCCCGGAACUCCCUGGCCCGCGUCCGGGGCACGAUCCGGGUCGAUGAGUUGCAUUGGUUCUCGAGGAUGUGGGUUGGCGCGAACGUGAUCGUGUUCAAUGCCGGGCAUUGGUGGAGCCAAGACAAGACGUCAAAGAUGGGAUUCUACUUUGAGGAAAAAGGAGCUGUCAAUAUGACUAUGGAUUCAACCGAAGCAUUCAGGAGGUCUCUUCAGACAUGGAAGCUUUGGGCAAAGCGGAAUUUGGACCUCGAGACAAGUCACGUGUUCUUCCGAAGCUACUCCCCAGCGCAUUAUAGUCAUGGCUCGUGGGACAAAGGAGGGCAAUGCAACAUCAGCAAAGGACCGCAAUCCGACUCCGCAAGGCCACGUUCAGAGCCCUUGUAUAACCCGCUCAUCCAUGAGGCGAUCAAAGAAAUGGGGGAGAGAAACGGCGGCAGCAACGUCCACUUCUUGAACAUUACGCGCAUGACGGAGUUCCGCAACGAUGGCCACCCGUCAAGCCACCGCGAGCCCGGUACUCCCCCUACUGCCGCCCAGGACUGCAGCCACUGGUGCCUGCCGGGCGUGCCGGAUACCUGGAACGAGCUUCUCUAUGCUCAGCUUGUGUCGAGAAGAUACAUGCGCGAGCGAACUUAA